AUUGUGCUUUUGCUAUUCAUUUUUUUUUUUAUUUUCUUUUUUAAUAAAAUGAAACGUCGAUUCUUAUUAUUAUUUAAAACGCAACAAUUGUCAUUUUGCCAUCGGCCUGGCUUACGUUCUUGGCAUACGCUCUUGCUGCUCUCGUCUGUUACGUUAUUUCAUUUAAUUAGUGUAUCCUGUGUAUGGUGUGUGCGGCACGAUCAUCAUAAAACAACACAUUUGGAAGCGAAAGUCGGCUCUUAUGUGGUGUUUAAUUGUUAUAUUGAUUUUCCAUAUGAUCUUCCCAUACCAUAUGUGGUGCAUUGGAGUAAAGAUCACAAAAAAAUCUUCACCUGGUACGAGGGCGAAACGUCAACCAGCGAAUUAUUUAAUGGACGCUUGCAUUUGAUCGAUCAUGGGGAUUAUGGCAAAGCAUCGGCAAACCUAACCUCAAUACGUGAAUCAGAUCAAGGCUGGUAUCACUGCCAAAUUAUCUUUCCAAAUCGCACACCCAGUGCCCGGAAUAAUGGUACUUGGUACCAUCUUGCCGUUCAAGGGGGUUCUUUGAUAAAAAUACCACCAAUAAAUCAAACACUUAUGGAGGGGCAGACAGCAUUCUUUCAUUGUGUGAUGAAAUAUCCGGAUACCUCAAUGGCAUCAUGGUAUAAAGAUGGCGUUUUAUUGCAAGAUAUACCGGAUUUAAUGCGUCGCUCUUAUAUGGGACCACAUGGUAGUUUAAGCAUUGAUCCCACCAUGAUGAGUGAUUAUGGCGAAUAUGAGUGUCAAGUGCGUAACAAUGAAAGUGAAAUACAAACGGCUAAAGCCUUUUUGAAUAUACAAUAUAAAGCUAAAGUUAUUUAUGCGCCACCAGAAGUCUAUUUACCGUAUGGACAGCCGGCUGUGCUUGAUUGUCAUUUUCGUGCUAAUCCACCGUUGAAGAAUUUAAGAUGGGAGAAGGACGGUUUACUCUUUGACUCAUACAAUGUACCUGGUGUUUUUUAUAAAAUGAACGGCAGUCUAUUCUUCUCUAAAGUGGAUGAAAAUUAUGCUGGCAGUUACACUUGCACACCAUUCAAUGAACUCGGCACCGAUGGUCCAUCGCCCGUCAUUAAUGUGAUUGUCUUGCGACCGCCAAUAUUCACUGUAACACCAAAAGCGAUUUACAUACAGAAACUGGGUGAAACUGUUGAACUACCAUGUCAAGCCAUCGACCGAGACGGCAGCAAUCAUCCAUCUAUUGAUUGGAAACGGAAAGAUGGGCAUGCUUUGCCAUCGAAACGUCAUCAAAUUGAAGGCGGAAAUUUAACGCUGACAAGUCUGCAUGAAACCGAUCGCGGUAUUUAUGAAUGCUUUGCAACGAAUGAAGCCGCUACCAUCACAGCUGAGACAGAAUUGAUGAUCGAAAAUCUCACACCCCGUCCCCCUUACAAUCUAACUGCAAAUAGCACGGAGACCAGCAUUACCGUACGUUGGCAACCAGAUGAGUAUAUGCUAACUGGCAAAAAUCCGAAAGUAGGUUAUUUGCGUCCGAAUCUUGAGUAUACGGUUUGGUAUCGUCUAACGGAUGCUCCUGAAUGGCGCACUAUGCGUAUCCUGCAAAAGAAUGUUAUGGAGGCCACUAUACAGCAUCUGCUACCGGGUCGCGAAUAUGAAUUUAUGGUUCUGAGUCAGGAUAAACAUGGCGAUGGCAUGUUCAGCAAACAAAUUCGAUUUUCAACACAACCUUCAAAAGUCAUAGUUGAAGAUGAAAGUGCUGUGGCUGGUGAACGAGAGAAUCACAACCACCCUCAGCAACCGCAACAACAACACCAACAGCAACAAGAGUCUACGGCUGAUAGGAAUAUUAAAGCGCCGCCCGCUCCUCCGCCGCCACAAGCGAAUAGCUUAAGUGAGCCUUGGAAUUUAAGUGCAAUUAAUAAUCAACAAGGCUGGCUGUUGCAUUGGGAGCAUCCAGUCGACGGUCUAGAUUUGUUACGUCAUUAUACGGUACGUUGGUGGAAAGAACCGGAACAUCACCUUGUCGGCACAGUGGAAACGUUCGAUAACUAUUAUCAAUUGCGUCAUCUCAAAGAGGGCGCGACAUUCAAAAUACAAAUACUGGCUUUAUCGAUGGACGGUGAGCAGAUACCAAGCAGUAUAUUAAUGAUACAAGUGCCAUCGCAUCGUAAGACGCGUAUUUUACUAAUUGGCAGCUCAGUGGGUGUUGCUUUUCUACUCUGUGCAUUGAUUGCUUUCCUUUAUGUGAAACGCAGCUGCCUCUUUCAUUUAUUUUCCGGCGGCAUUAAUGAUGUUAAUGGUGGCGAUGGUGCUGCUUGUUCCACUAGCAUCGAUGACGGCGACGAUAGCGAGCAUUCACAUGAUAUUGAAAAAAUUAAUAAUACCUGAGUGUACGAGAUAAAAUGGCGAUUUGAAAACUAAUGCGCCAAGCUUUUAUUAAAAAGGGAAUAUCAUUACCGCUUUCAGUUUAUGAAAAAGAGGAAUAUUUUUAUUUUUUAUUUAUUUAUUUGUUUUUUUUUUUUUUUUUCUUUUAAUAUUUAUUGAUUUUUGUCAUCACUGCUUUUGCCGAGGUACGAGAGUAAUUCUGUUUACUUUCGAGAUGUCGCAGUUAAUUUAUUAGAAUCCUUUUAAUUUCAAGUUGAUUUUUAUAUAUUUUUUUGUGUGUUUACCAUUCCUAGUAAUAUGUAUGAUUUACUUUUAAUUUUAUUAACAUUUAUUUAUGUACAACUUUGUUUUCCUUUCAUUUUCGUUUUUAAAUAAUAAUGCUAAUGAUAUUAAUUGACUUAGAUUUGAUAGGUUGUCAGGACAAUUAAGUUUUAAAUUAAUCCCGGUAUUAAUAUUACUUUAUAAGCACCUAAAAUGUAAUAUAAACGCACGCACGCACGCAUUUAUAUAU